UAAUUUCGUUUUCCUUUCAUAUAUAAAACGCUCAGCUCUGCUAUCCCGAAAGAACGCUUUUUUAAUUUUGUUUUCUUUUUUCUUCACUUUUUGCUUGAAAUGAAUAACGGUGACAAUUACAAGCGGCGCCGGAAGGAUACAUUUCCCGACGAUGCAGAUAGCUGUUCCACCGGCCACGAACCCAAGAAGAAAGAUUUGAAUGGUAUCAUCACUUCGCUGCUGUUGCUUGAAGAGCAAGAAAAGCGAGAUCACGAAGAGCAAAAUGAGGCAUCCAACGAAGAGAAAUCGAUUUUGGAGUCCAAUCACAAGAGAAAAACUCGGACCAUGCUCGAAUUUUAUGCCAAUAUCCAAGAUUACUACUCCGAAAUCGACGAGAACGACCGUGUGAAGCGGAAAAAGUCCCGGGCCAUGGCGGCAUCCGUCGCCGCCGCCGUUAGCCAAACGGAGAACCAAUCACCCAACCAACAAAGCAACCAAUCCGGGACGGGUCAGCAGAGGCGAUUAUGGGUGAAAGACAGAUCCAAGGCUUGGUGGGACGAGUGCAACCGACCCGAUUACCCGGAAGAAGAGUUCAAGAAGGCGUUUAGGAUGAGCAAGUCAACGUUCGAUCUCGUCUGCGAAGAGCUCAACUCCGUUAUCGCCAAAGAAGACACGACGCUACGGACCGCCAUCCCCGUUAAGCAGAGAGUGGCGGUUUGCAUUUGGCGGUUAGCAACGGGCGAACCGUUACGGCUCGUCUCGAAACGGUUCGGUUUGGGCAUCUCAACGUGUCACAAGUUGAUCCUUGAAGUCUGCUCUGCGAUACGCAGCGUUUUGAUGCCCAAGUAUUUACACUGGCCGGACGACGAUUCAUUACGGGAAAUAAAGGAAGAGUUCGAGAACAUGUCGGGGGUACCAAAUGUCGUCGGAUCAAUGUACACGACGCACAUCCCGAUCAUAGCACCCAAGAUAAGCGUGGCGGCGUAUUUCAACAAGAGACACACGGAGCGGAACCAGAAAACCUCGUACUCGAUCACCGUACAAGGCGUCGUCGAUCCCAGGGGAGUUUUCACUGAUGUUUGUAUAGGGUGGCCAGGUUCGAUGAACGACGACCAAGUGCUUGAAAAAUCAGCUCUUUAUCAAAGGGCAAACGGGGGGUUACUGAAAGGAGUUUGGAUCGCUGGGGGUUCAGGGUAUCCCUUAAUGGAUUGGGUUAUGGUUCCUUACACGCAACAACAUUUGACGUGGACGCAACACGCUUUCAAUGAAAAGAUUGGGGAUAUUCAAAAGGUGGCAAAGGAAGCGUUUGGGAGAUUGAAGGGGCGGUGGUGCUGUUUGCAGAAAAGGACAGAGGUUAAGCUGCAGGAUUUGCCUGUCGUACUCGGAGCUUGCUGCGUUUUGCAUAAUAUAUGCGAAAUCAGGGACGAAGGGAUUGACCCGGUCUUGAAAUUCGAGCUUGUUGAUGAUGAAAUGGUCCCUGAAGUUGCUUUGAAAUCGGCGAGUUCCAUGAAAGCUAGAGAUGCCAUUGCUCAUAAUCUUUUACAUCAUGGCCUUGCUGGGACUGCUUUUCUGUAACCACUAUUCUUUCUUCUUUUGAAGGGUUAAGGAUUCAUCUUUUUGCAAUGUAGGAUAACACUGUUGUGGGGAUUAAUUGUAAAUUUGUUUGUAGGGGAUGUGUAAAAUUAUUACUAUA